AUGGAUAGAAGGAACAGCACAGACGUGUCUCACUUCGUGCUCGUGGGGCUGACGGGCUCUGAGGGGCUCGGGCGGGCCCUCUUCACCCUGUUUCUCCUGAUAUACCUGACCAGUGUGCUGGGAAACGCGGGCAUGAUCCUGCUAAUCCGCCUGGAUCUCCAGCUUCACACCCCCAUGUACUUUUUCCUCAGUCACCUGUCAUUUCUUGACCUCAGUUACUCCAACGUCAUCACACCUAAAACCUUAGAGAACUUACUGACUUCCACCAAGCACAUUUCAUACGUGAGCUGCUUCAGCCAGAUGUACUUCUUUAUUUUCUUGGGUACCACUGAAUCNGGUACCACUGAAUGCUUACUUCUCUCCUCAAUGGCCUAUGAUCGCUAUGUAGCUAUCUGCAAACCUCUACACUACCCAGUUGUCAUGUCCUCAAGACUCUGCUGCUCCCUCAUCUUUGGGUCCUAUGGGAAAGGCUUUUUGGACUCGAUUAUCAAUGUGCUUUGCAUGAGCAGACUGCAUUUCUGUGACUCCAACAUAAUCCAUCACUUUUUCUGUGACAUUUCCCCAACCCUAGCCCUGUCCUGCACUGACACACAUGACAUCGAAAUCAUGAUAUUGGUUUUUGCUGUCACCACCCUAAUGGGAUCUCUUACCAUAAUAUGUGUAUCUUAUCUGUCCAUUCUGUCCACUGUCCUGAAAAUUUCCUCCACUUCAGGGAGGAGAAAAGCCUUUUCCACGUGUGCCUCCCAUCUCCUGGGAGUCACCGUCUUUUAUGGCACUCUGAUUUUUACUUACUUAAGACCACGAAAGUCCUACUCCUUGGGAAAGGAUCGAGUGGUGUCUGUAUUUUACACUAUUGUGAUCCCCAUGCUGAAUCCACUCAUCUACAGUCUGAGAAAUCAGGACGUGAAAAAGGCUCUCAUUAGAGUCCUGCAGAGAGAGGGCUCCCGGCUGCUACAGUAA